GCGCGGAAGCCCGGGCCGCGAGGGACUGGCCGUCGGGGCCCCAGGACGGCGGCCCCGGAGGCGCCCAUGCCAUGGAGAAGCUGGCGGCUGGGCUGGCCGGCCUGCGCUGGAGCAUGGGCGCCUUCCCGCUCGACCUCAUCGUCAGCCGCUGCCGCCUGCCCACGCUCGCCUGCCUCGGGCCAGGGGAGUAUGCAGAGGGCGUCAGCGAGCGAGACAUCCUGCUCAUUCACUCCUGCCGCCAGUGGACAACGGUGACAGCCCACACCCUGGAGGAGGGCCACUACGUCAUCGGGCCCAAGAUUGACAUCCCCCUGCAGUACCCAGGGAAGUUCAAGCUGCUGGAGCAGGCCCGGGAUGUGCGGGAGCCAGUGAGGUACUUUAGCAGCGUGGAGGAGGUGGCCAGCGUCUUCCCCGACCGCAUCUUUGUGAUGGAAGCCAUCACCUUCAGUGUCAAGGUGGUCUCGGGGGAGUUCAGUGAGGACAGCGAGGUGUACAACUUCACGCUGCACGCGGGCGACGAGCUCACUCUCAUGGGCCAGGCGGAGAUCCUGUGCGCCAAGACCACCAAGGAGCGCUCGCGCUUCACCACCCUGCUGCGCAAGCUGGGCCGGGCCGGGGCGAUGGCCGGGGUGGGCGGCGGCGGCGGCGGCGGCCCAGGGGGCGCGGGGGCCGCGGGCGGCGGCGGCGGCGCCAGGCCCAUCAAAGGCAAGAUGCCCUGCCUCAUCUGUAUGAACCACCGCACCAACGAGAGCCUGAGCCUGCCCUUCCAGUGCCAGGGCCGCUUCAGCACGCGCAGCCCGCUGGAGCUGCAGAUGCAGGAGGGCGAGCACACGGUGCGCGCCAUCAUCGAGCGCGUGCGGCUCCCGGUGAACGUACUGGUGCCCAGCCGGCCGCCGCGCAACCCCUACGACCUGCACCCGGUGCGGGAGGGCCACUGCUACAAGCUGGUCAGCAUCAUCUCCAAGACCGUGGUGCUGGGGCUGGCGCUGCGCCGCGAGGGCCCGGCGCCGCUGCAUUUCCUGCUGCUCACCGACACGCCGCGCUUCGCGCUGCCGCAGGGCCUGCUGGCCGGGGACCCGCGCGUGGAGCGCCUGGUGCGCGACAGCGCCUCCUACUGCCGCGAGCGCUUCGACCCCGACGAGUACUCGACCGCCGUGCGCGAGGCUCCUGCCGAGCUGGCGGACGACUGCGCCAGCCCGCGCCGCGCGCGCCUCUGCCUGCCCGCGCCCCCGCGCGCCCCCGCGCCCGGCCCCACCGGCGACGGCGACCAGGAGUACGUGAGCCCCGACUGGGCCGGCGCGCCCGAGCCCGCCGCGCCGCCAGCCGAGAUCCCCUACGAGGAGCUGUGGACGCACCAGGCGGCCGAGGGCCUCUCCGAGGGCAGGGCCCGGCCGCUGCCCGGGCCCGACCUCAUCUCCUUCGGGGCCACCGGGCCGCCCCGCCUGGAGCCCGAGGCGGCGCCGCCUCCCGUGCCUCCCAAAUCCGAAGCGGUGAAGGAGGAGUGCCGCCUGCUCAACGCCCCACCUGUGCCCCCCCGGGGUGGCAGCGGCAGCGGCCGGCUCUCGGGCAGCCCCCCGGUGCCCCCUCGCUUCCCCAAGCUGCAGCCUGUCCACUCCCCCAGCUCCAGCCUCUCCUACUACUCCUCUGGCCUCCAGGAUGGGGCGGGCUCCCGCAGUGGCAGUGGCUCCCCAUCACCGGAUGCCUACUCCCUCUACUGCUACCCCUGCACCUGGGGGGACUGCAAGGUGGGCGAGUCCUCCAGCCGCCCAGCCCCGGGACCCCUGCCCUCGACCACGCAGCCCAGCCAGGCCUCCCGAGCCCUCGGAGAGCCCCUGAGCAGUCGAGCUGCCUCCCUCUUGGGGGGCGACACCCCCGUCAAGACCUAUCACAGCUGCCCGCCUGCUCUGUUCAAGCCCUCCCACCCCCAAAAACGCUUUGCUCCGUUCGGAGCUCUCAACCCCUUUUCUGGGCCUGCUUACCCCAUAGGCCCUUCAGCGGCCUCCUCUUCGGGGCCCCUGGCCACCUCGGGCCCCCUGGCUACCUCCAGCCCCGCUUAUUCCCCAGGCCCAGGCUCGCCAGGCCAGGCCUAUUCAGCUGCUCCCACUUCCUCCUGUCCCACCUCCUCCUCCUCGUCCUCCGAGUGGCAGGACCCGGCCCCGGAGCCCUUCGAUCCCUUUGAGCUGGGCCGGGGCAGUUCUCCAGAACCAGAGCUGCUGCGCUGUCAGGAGCCCAGAGCUGUGGGGGCACCUGGGCCUGGGCCUGGCCUUCCACCCCUUGGACCCUCCAAGACCUUUGAGCCCGAAGGUUUGGGGCUGCGGCAGGUCCCCGCCCCGCUGUCCCCAGCGGCCUUGCAGGGACCUGAGGCGGGUGGAGCACGACUCCUCCUGACCCAGGGGCGCCUCGAAGGGCCUCCCGCCAGUCCCCGGGAUGGGACCCCAGGCUGGGGAGGCCGGGAUGCCUCCUCCUGGCAGCCCCCCGCGGACCUGUCUGCACUGUCCCUGGAGGAGGUCUCCCGAAGCCUGCGUUUCAUCGGGCUCUCGGAGGACGUGGUGAGCUGCUUUGCCCGAGAGCGUAUUGACGGCAGCAUCUUCGUGCAGCUCAGCGAGGACAUCCUGGCCGACGACUUCCACCUCACCAAGCUGCAGGUCAAGAAGAUCAUGCAGUUCAUCAAAGGCUGGCGGCCCAAGAUCUGACGUCCCAGCUCCGAGCUGCUCAGCUGGAUUUCGGCACGGAGGCCCCGGGGGCCAGCCCUGGGUCCGCAGGGGGCCAGCGCGCCCAGAGGCGGGGCCUGCCUGCAGGGAGAACCUGGGCCAAGACUGAGGCUGCUCAGCAGCCGCGCGGAGUGCAUCCAGGGGAGACACGCCCGGAAACAGGGUGCUCUGGGCCAGACCCCUGCCUGCGUCCUGCCUUGGCAGAGCACGCGGGGAAGGGGCUGGAGGCACCAGUGCACACCUGGGCCUGGUGACACCCUGCUGCGGUUCCCAGGGGAGGGCAAAAGCUGGCCUUCGUGGUGACCUCACAGCGCUCUGUCCUGCUGCAGUGCUGCGCUGACACUGCGCACUUCACGACUCGUACGUAGGUGCGGGCUGGAGACAAGGGAAGGCACGAGCCAUCAUUUAAGCACAGAUUCCUCAAGUGCCCUCUCUCCUCUGUGCUCUGUGGGCUCUUGGCCUAAGCUGCCCCAGCAUCAGGGUGCCGAUUCCUCUAUCUCUGAGAUGCCCUCCUUUUCCCUCCGUGCCACCAUGUGCUGCGGCCCUGGCCCUGCACACAGGUGCACGGAGUACCAGCCUGUGCCGCCGCACCUGGGGCUCCACCUCUGGGUUCCGGUUGGUGGGCGACGGUUUUGGAAGAGCACAGCUCUGCUCUGGACCUACUUAGGGAGCCAGAUGCGCCCUCACGUCUCCCGCCCCCUGGCUUCUGUCCUGAGCUCACUGCAGCUGGCCCGCAUCCUGCCUGUUGGGUCCAGUCCAGGAAGACUCCGUGGAAGAGCAGGUGGAUUGAGGGCGACUGCUCCCUGGUUCUCGAGGCAGGUGGCCUUCGGUCACUCCCACCCAUCUUCUGUCCCAUCACUUAACUCUGGUGAACACACGGUGUCCUGCCCUGGUUUUCUGUCCCUGGCACAGGUAGGAUGGGGAGGAAGGAAAAAGCAUAGUAGCUUCGGGGAAACCUGCUUUUUCCCUCUUGGAGGUCAUCCUUCUGCACUUGUGCACCUGCUUCACCAAGAGCAGGUCUUGGUGGCCUGGAUCUCAAGCACAGCGACCUGGCAGCACUCAGGGCUGUCCUCACCUACCAGAACCACACUAAUCCCUAGUGUCUGGGCCAGGGUACCCGCCUUCUCGUCUGCCUUACAAGAUAUUUAUUUCCUAUUUCUGCCUAAAGAGUAGCAAAGCUGUGCCAGUGCUCACGCCCAAGUGGGCUGCCUCGGCGCCGAGGGCAAGGGAGUCAGGAGGGAGAGCACAGAAACUGGGAUGCGGUGACAUUUGGUUUCCUUGCCAAUCACUGAAUGAAUCCUCAAGUGAAAUAAAUGCUAGACCACUGAAGAGCA